AUGUUUCACCUAAAGUCUCUGGCGAGCAGUAUACGGGUAAUUGGCCAAAGAAGUCUAGAAAAUGGUUUCCAUACAUCAGCUGCCUGUUCUUCUGUUUUCAUGAAGCGACAAAAGAAAAUCGAUCCAGAGAUUGCAAAAGUGCGAGAAAUUCGUAAACGAAAAAAGCUUGAGAGGGAAAUUCGAGAGAUGCAAAAACACAGCAAGAAGGUGAAACCCGUAGAUGAAAUUGCUCUCGACAUCAAAUCCGCCAAAAAUAUUCAUGAAAGAACUCGCAAGCAAGUGACCCUUACUGAACAGCAAGCCGAUGAACGAACAUUGAUCGCAAAAGAAUAUUGUCGAUCACGUAACACUCAAAUGAGACACGAUGAUCAAUGGAUUCGCCAAGCGCUCUACAUGCAAAAGAAAGCUUUGGCAGAAUUGAAAACCUUGAGUCCGCACCUUUAUGAGGAAGCCGUCAAGAAUGAUCUCGGUAAUUUGCCUCACAUUAUUGACGGGCCUGCUCUAACAUCUCCAGUCAAAAAUUACGACCCUCCAGAUGGAGAUUAUGUCGAUACCACUAGGACAUGGACA